AUGAAUUAUGAUAAAAAUAUUGCACGUAUCACCUGGUCCGGACCUGCGGAUGGUAAAGAUGUCAGUGGCGUGAGAGAUGUCACAAAAAUAUAUUAUUCAGUUUUGAACGCACCUAGUAUUAUUUUAGUUUCUCAUAAACCAAUUGUUAAUGAUGAUGAUAAUAUUGCAAAGGUGGAAUUUAUUGAUCCUUGGGAUAUGAUAGCCCCUGUUUAUAAAAUUCAAUUUGUUGAUAUUUAUGGAGAUGAUCAACCCAAAUCACUUUUAUCCUAUUGUUUGAAAUCUUUAUAUUUAGCAGAAGAGAUCGAGGCACCAGAUUUAAUGAAAUUGAUUGGAAUAUGGCUAAAUUUAAAUAAUAAGAUUGUUGAUGAGAUUUGCGAUGAAUUAAAUAGUUCUGUUUUAUAUCAAGGUGCAGUUCCGCCAAUCCCACCAAUUCCACCAUCAACUUACAACUUUGAUAGGCCAAUGAUUCGGUUUGUCUCUGUGCCCAUUGAUAGGGUAUCAAUAUGUGGACCAAUUCAAGAAUUUUUAAAUCAACUUUAUGAUAUAAUGAAUCCAAAACCUGUGGUUCCAACAAAUCAAAUUCUAAUACCAGUUCAUGAAUUACAACUACCAAACAUUCUAGAAAAAUUUCCUUACAUUACUAUUCUAGAUUCAUCUUACUCGAUCCAAGCCAUCAGUCAAGUUUCUCUUAGAACAGUAGUUUUUCCAAAACUUUUGGGGUUUUCUUAUAAACUAUCUUUAGGAAUUAAAGUCACUUCAGCUCUACGUACAAUUUCACCUUGGACUACACAUAUUGGUGUAGGUCUUUGUAACGUGUUUGAUAAAUUGGAGAUCGACCAAAAUAUAUUAAAAAUUUCCAAAGAAAUUGCUAGUAUUGUUUCAAACGAAAAAGAUUUUGACGUUGCGAAACAUUUAAGCUGUAUUAUUAGAUCGGAUAUAGGUAACUAUGAUUCUGCGGAUGAUAGUGGUGGUAGCAGUAUUGAUGACAAAGAAAAAAUUAUUAUUUGUGCUGCUUUAACUGAAAAAGAUGAAAAUGGUAAAAUUGUUGUGGAAAAGGUUUUUGAAUUGAAUACAGAGGAGAAACCACACCCACAAAAUGUUUUGGCACGUUUUAAUUCAACUGGCGAUCAAUUACUUGGAUUUGUUAUAAGAGAUUUUGGUGGUGUUAGAUUUCAUCAAGAAACAAUAAUAAAAUCCAUAGGUCAACCAAUUGAUGUAUUAGAAGGAAGUGUUACUCUAGCCAAAGAUCUACAAACGGUUUAUGAUAAACUAUAUCAUACAUUGAUAAUGUGUCAUAUUCAUCGUUUAAUAAGAUCAUUAGAUUUACAUUAUUCGGGAAUUGGAUGGAAAAUCAUACGUGAGCAACUUUCCGCAAUGAUACCAAGAAAUCAUUUACUUUGGGAAUUAUGGAUGAGGAAUGAUAAAAUUAAUUCAAAAUGUUUCCUAAGAAUGAAAUGCGAAUCAUUAUAUCGUGAUUAUAUCCUAAGACCAAAUCCAAAUUUAAUAUUAUAUAAAUCUGAAGAGGCCAAAUAA